AUGGUACUCCUGAGAUACUUGGAUGAUCUUGGAGAUGCUGCAUUGCUGCAGAUUGGGGAUAGAAGUAUGAGCCGUUUUUGUGUAAUUUUCACGGCCGUGGCCUUCCUGGCCUUCCCCGAUGUCUUCCUUUUUCCAACUGAACGUCGCCGUCGCGUCAGUCGAGUCCCGCGGGCGGUUUCUGAAAAUGACGCAGUGCCGCGACCGGAGCUUCCGAACUCCACGGAGCUCAUGUGUCGUCAAGCCGCUGAGAGCGUCAUGCGCGCCUAUCGCGAUGGCUAUACCCGGCAGGCCGUGAGGUUGCGCUUGGAUGCAGCGUAUUCGGGACAGGAAGACCUGAAGGCGUUGCUGAAGGCGACUUUGCCCUUGGCCAAAUCCUUUGCCACGAAGCUUUGGAACGGAGAAGCCCUCAGAGAUCUCAAGACUUCCCUGGUGGAUGACGAUGUCACGACCUUACUCUACAGAGAGGCGGACAACGCGCUGAUGGAUGCAGCAGUACUCUACCUACCCUCGCGGGAGGUAGUGACUUCACCGAAGUUCACCAACUUCUUCCAAAGUAUGGGUGACCGUUUGGUGGUGGUCACGAACACCGAAAACGCCGCCGCGGGGUGGAGAGUCGAAAAUAUGGGCGCCGAUUUCUAUGAUGGCUCUGACUUGGGGCUGGAGGUAUGCAAAGUUUUCCAACAGCAGAGCUACUACUACCAGCUGGUGCCCAUCAAUAACUGGCAGGUCACCUUUUUUCGGGCGUAUCCUCAUCCUUGGGAGUUAUGGAUCGAAGACUUAGAAUUUAAUCUGGUAAAGCUGGGCGAAAGUGAACGGAAACCCAGUUAUGAUCAGAUCAUGGCUUGGAUGGAGGCCUAUGAAGAACGUGCCGGCGUGCAAGCUUUCCAGAAAGUGGGCAAAUUGCUGCGCGACAACCAAGAAAAAUUGGAUCCCAAUGAAGCGGGGCUCGCUGUAGGGACCUAGUGCCGUGAUGUCGCGUGGCCUGAUGAACUGAAGACUUAUGGGGAUCAGAUGAUCAAAC